UUUCGAACAAGCCUUGAAUCGAGGAAAAGUGCCCAUCACUAUCUAAUGCAUCUAUUCUUAUUAUUAUACACGUGGCAUUGUUUUUUUUUCAAGUUUGUCCGGUCGGGCAAGUAAAAUUCUCCCUCACUUGCCCGUACAAAACAUUCACUUGUCCCGGACAAGCGUUAAUGUCAAGGCUGACAAGAACGUCGAACGAUUGUGGCGUCAUGAAGCUGAAAUCAGCUGAAGCUGAUUAGAUCGGUAAGAGCGCAGUCUUAGUGACAGCAGUCCAGUUGUGAAGACGCUUCUGAUAUCUUCGGUGAAAAACCAGAGAUAGAAACUCUUAACAACUCUUGAACGCGAAGCAGACGUUAAAUAUUUGUUUAACUCUUCGGCGUUUAUUGUUUUAUAAGUGUUUAAAGUCUCUCAGAGAUCGUUUAAACUCGGUUUGUUGGUUUGUAAACAACUGAGACGACUGACGACAUGAUGUUUUCAACGACUGAAAACGAAGGUGUAGAGACUGUUAUCGAGGAGCUCUGCAGACUCACGCAGUCCCUCAGUAUCGAUGAUGUCCCAGAACCCAUGGAGAUAACUCCUGCAGAUGAAGCUGUCGCAGGACCGUCAGGAAUAAAUCCAGCACCUCGUCCUGUUGAUCGAGUGCCAAGACCUCUCUCGCCAGCUCCUGAAGGAGAAGAAAAUGGUGAAGCUGUCCCAGGACCAAUGAUAGUAAAUCCAGCACCCCGUCCCAUUCCCUUUCCAUACAGAUAUCUCAUUGAUCAACGUGUCACCUCCCGGUAUUAUGUGUUACCGGAAGUGGUGCUUGAACAUGGACAAGAUGCAAUGGUUUUCGCUGCGAUGCGUAGAGUUGAUGGACGGCAGGUGGUGCUCAAAUGUGUUCCUGUAGAUCUUACUAAUGAAUUUGCUUCAUCUCUGCUGUGGUCAACAUCAUAUAGAUGCUAUGUGUCAAGGUGUCGUGAGCCUGUAUUUAAGGAAAUAGCAGUGAUGUUGGACAUGCAAGUGACUCCACCGUGCCCUCACGUGAUACACAUGCUCGACUGGUUUGAGUUUCCCGACGGAUACAUGCUCGUCCUCGAGAGGUUGUCGGAACCCUGGGUGAGGAUGGAUCGAUUUGUCCAAGAGAACGGUGGUGAGCUGAGCGAAACAGUCGCUCGACGCAUGGUUCGCCAGUUGCUGGAGACUUUUGAUUUCUUCACUCGCCACAGAGUGAUGCAUGGUGGCAUCUCUUCAGAAAAAGUCAUGAUUAACAGAGACACCCUGAGGCUGAAGGUCAUUGGCUUUGGUAGAAGCAGUCCCAGCAUCGUUUAUGAUAUGGAGGGUACGCAAGCAAGUCAGCCAUUUUAUGAGAACGCCCGUUAUCGACAUGAAUGCAACACUCACCACCUUUAUACUAUGUGUUGUUUCAUCCACGUGAUGUUUAAUUUAAUGAUACGUGAGGAUCACCUGACAGUCUUGAGAACCCGUGGAAUAUCUAGAGAAUGCAUAGACUUCUAUAUAGUCUGCAUAGGCUGGUAUAAUAAGGAUCUUAGGGAUCUCCAAAAUCAUCCCUGGAUAACACGAGAUUAGCCCCACAAAUUGGGCAAUGAGUCGUCAGAUGACACGGAUUGAUGGAGCACACAACCAGUAGGAAAGACUAAGGAUCAAUAGACACAGGUAAGUUAACAGGUAAGUAAUAAAGUUUGUCUGUAACACAGUAACACUUAUUUUAAGUAAUUUAUGUAAGUUGUUGGUCAGCCCUGUUGAAGAAAAACAGCAUAUGCUGUGUUAGGUAUGUUUUGCUGAUGGUUUAAGCUGGUCACAUGCUGGUCUUAGCUGGUCGUGUUUAUUGUUUAUUUAGAUCCCUAUUAGCUUCCACAGAGUGGUUGCUAGUCUUCCUGGGGUCCACAACCAUUACAGACAUUGAUAAUAUCGAAGAAAAAAAAACAUCUAAACAAAAAGAAACAAAAAUACAGUACACUUAAACAUAUCAACAAUAGCAGUAGCAACACGUAGAAUGUACACCUACGUAUAAAUAACAGAGAUGGCAAAAGUACACACAUCCUUUACUUAAGUAGAAGUACAGAUACUCAUGUUUAAAAGUACUCAAGUAAAAGUUGAAGUACUGACUAAACUUGUUUACUCAAGUAAAAGUAUAAAGUAUGGGCUCUAAAAUGUACUUAAGUAAAAAGUAGCCAAUACUACUACCUGUUUUAGAGUCACGCUCGUACCUCACAACUGAACUACCAUUAUGUAGAACACAAGCAUAAAAAAGACUGAUGGAAUAAAUCUAUUUGCCACUACCUAGGUAGUGGAAAAAAACACAAAUUUAUAAUACAAUUAUGAUGUAAGAUAAGAGUGUAAAGGACAAGCGUAUUGAUAAUAAUUGUGACAGAAUUCCCUUUGUCUCAAGUUCUCAACCAUAAUUUUAGCUAUUCUUUGUGUUGCCUUCCGCCUUGGUCCGUGGCAGCUUCUUAGACUACUAGCCUAUGUCUGCGAUGCGUAAUAGCCAGGAAAUGACUGUUUGGUACUGUGAUUGUCAAAACAUUUUAUAACAGAAUUUCACUGCUUUCAAUUUUAGAUUAACUGUCCCUUUAAAUUUUAAGCACAGACCAUUCAUGGACAUAUCAUUAUACAAAGGUUGUAGACACUUGGGAGAUCUUGUCAAAAAGAGAAAACUGAGAAAUAAAGAGAUAAUUAAUUAGGCAAGUCAAUUUACUUGGUAACCAUUACUGUUUUUCUCGAUUGGUUAAACACAUUUCUUGAAAUUAUGCCUCGCUUUAAAAUAUUAAAUGUUUAGCCUCUUACAUUGUACGUUACACUCGUUCAACAUUAAAACUGAUGUCAGUGUUGCUAGAUUAGGUGGAUGAUUUCCAGCCCAAAGGCUCACUAAAACCUACUCACUCCAACAAAAACCAGCCCAAAAUUUUAACUUCCAAAAUAAUGUGAUAGUAUUUUAUUGCAAUGUCAAUCAACGUUGAUAAGGAUCGUUUUUUAUUUCCUUAUAAUUUUAAUCAUGACAAGAUGAAAAAAUAUAAUAAAAAUCAGGAAAAUAGAUCAAACAGAUCAAACAAGGCAAAUGCAUUAAGAAAAUUAGAAAAUAAGACUAAUAGGAUAUGUCCAGAAACCACUUCAAAUGGCAAUCAGGAAAUUAGCGCAUUUUUGUGCAAAAGUGCCCACUAUAAUUAGUUCAUCGGAAAGCAUCGCAAUGAGCAGGUAUUUUUCACUCGUUCAUGAACUUAACGCACACACCACGAUAGCAAAAAAUAUGCAAUUCAUACAUACUAAUGAACAACAAUAAUGCGCUUACCUUAACGAGCUGCCUUAACUUCUGAAAGAACUACAGUACAUCUUUCGUGAAGUAUAUGUUUGUAGAACAUGCGAAUAGCUAAAUUACAUAUUUAAAAUCUGGUCCUUUCGCGCUAAAAAACCCUACCAUUCACGAGUCACCACAUGAUGCAGAAUAUCACGCUCGAGAUCUGAGAACAGUUACUCCAUCUUCUUUGAUUUGAUUGGUCACCGCUUUGCUCUGUAAACAGUAACUCCCGCCUUCUUACAUUUGAUUGGCUAGUGGCCACCUCACACAGCGCUUCGGCUUUUAGGCAGACCUAUCAUUAGGUUGAAAAAGUCACGCAAUGACAAGAAAUAAUAUUGAUUGUGCAUCAAAUACAGAUUAAAACUAAAGUAACGAGCCUGGUUUGAAAAAGUAAGAAGUAGAAAGUACAGGUAUUUGCGUAAAAAUGUAAGAAGUGAAAGUAAAAAGUCGUCAGAAAAAUAAAUAGUGGAGUAAAGUACUGAUACCAGAAAAAUCUACUUAAGUACAGUAACGAAGUAUUUGUACUUCGUUACUUCCCAUCUCUGAUAAAUAAUCAUAUCUACACACUAGUACUCUUUUGAAUAUUUAUAGGGACAUUAUUCUACGCAACAGAACCACAAUAAAAUACAGUCUUUCAACCAAUUAGUUUGUGGGCAUGGUAAAUAAGUUGAUCCUUACUCACUUGACGUGUCAAAUAAUCAUGUCUUGAGUCCCACAUGAACAAGCUUUUUAAAGAAGACACAAGGAGUGUGAUGCUUUUAUACCUUAUAAAAAUAUACCACCAGUUAUAAGUGUAGUUUAACCUUAACCGGCAGCCACGAUAACUUUUUAUGCAUGUCACUAAUAUUGGUCCGGAAAGUACAAUGAAGCACAAGCCUAGCUGCUCUAUUCUGAACCAUCUGAAGUUUUUCUCUGAUGAACUUGACCAUAACAAAGGGCAGUACUCAAGAUGCGAUAAAACUAGUGACUCUACCACAUUUUUUAAAAGUGAAUACGGAAUAAAUGCUGAAAAUUCCUGGCCACCGCUAUGCCUUUUCCCUUGUGUGCCGAGCAAAAUAACGAUACUGACGCAGUAACUGUAACAACAGGCCCCGGAGGGUGAUUUAUUCACACAAAGUGCAGAGUGACAAAACAGUGGGGAAAAUGUCCGUCCGUGUGUCUUCAGGUGCGCUCCGGGGGUGAUGUGCGGAUUGUGUAGGUGUCAGUGAGUAAAGUUGAGGUAGCUGGUUGUCAGCCGCUGGUCUCUAGACAAAGACAAAAACACAACAUUCUUUUCAUCCGAAGUCGGAGCUUACCCUCUUCUCCUGGUGCUGACGACCGGCAGGUGCGUGGCUCUGAUUGCCGGCUGAUUGCGCAAUGGGAGACUCGCCACACUGACCCCCCCACAAAGCGUCGUCCUAGUACGGUGGGUGAGCCUCCACGGGGAAAGGGUUGUUUGCCGGGGAGGAGGAGGGUUUGUCCCUGACCAGGAUGUCCAGCCUGACCACAUCCUCGACAGACCGUCGGUGUUGCCGUUGGCGGCCCCUGCCCAAUGUACUACCUGAAAGUGGAAGUCCUAGUGCACUUGGAACCACAUGGUCACUCGGGCGUUGGUUUCUUUAGCUUUGGACAUCCAUUGUAGCGGGGCAUGGUCGUGACCAAGGAGAAGCUCCAUCCUAGCAGAUAGUAGCGGCGCUCCAGGACUGCCCACUUAAUGGCAAGGUCCUCCUUCUCCACCGUGGCGUAUCGGUAUUUAGCCGGUGUGAUCUUCCGACUGAUGUAGAAGCAUUUUACAGCAGAAGUCAACAGAAGCGCUUAAGUGUAAUUGAUUAAUAUUGUCUUUUUGAGUUUAAGCGCAGUGUCAUAGCUUUGUUUACCUCCGCCGUGUCAAGUGUUGAAGUCGCGUUUGUUCUCAUGCUGGUUUUGCUUGUUAUUGUGAGAUUUUGAAGGCGUGUCCAACUCCAGGAAGGGUAUUUAAACUGUGCUCUCGGCCCAGUCAGUGGGAGAAGCAUUUUAAAGCAGAAGUCAACAGAAGCGCGUAAGUGUAAUUGAUUAAUAUUGUCUUAUUGAGUUUAAGCGCAGUGUCGUAGCUUUGUUUACCUCUGCCGUGUCACGUGUUGAAGUCGCGUUUGUUCUCGUGCUGGUUUCACUUGUUAUUGUGAGAUUUUGAAGGUGUGUCCUGCUGAAUUCAGUUGCGUGAUUCAGACGGGUAUUUAAGUGCGAUUAACCACCGCGUGCAGCCCUCACCGUGUGAAGACCGAGGAGCGUAAAGACCAUCGACUCUACCUGUGCGACUCUACCGAGCAAGGACACAGACAAGGCACUUGAGUAUUAACUUUUUGCACUUCUAUUUAUUCUCUUCUUGUUAUUUGUCUUGUAUAUUUCUUAUUCCCCGCUUUUGAAUAUGUGUUUUCAAAUCCCUACUGUUACUACAACUCGUAAAUCACCGGUAUCACGUAGAAGGCCACGCAAUGCUAAUGCUAAUAAUCUGCGCACUCUUUCAACGUCCACAACUACCUCAAUUACAUUUCCCAUUGGCUUAAGGAACUGCCAAUCUGCUGUAAACAAAGCAGAUUUCAUCACAGCUAUUGCUAAACACUCUGGUCUUUCUCUUUUAGCACUUACUGAAACCUUGAUCAAGCCAGAGGACACUGCCACACCGGCUGCUCUCUCAAAUAACUACACUAUCUCCCACAGCCCACGCCUAUCAGGGAGGGGUGGAGGAACAGGUCUACUUAUCCAAAAUGACUGGAAGUUCAAACAGCUGGCACCCUCGUGUGACAACACCUCCUUCGAGUCACAUGCUGUUACUAUCAUCCACCCUGUUAAAACUCAUGUUGUGGUACUUGGUGGUACUUGGAGACUUCAACAUCCACCUUGAAAAACCACAGGCUGCCGACUUCAACAACCUGACUGCGUCGUUUGACCUCAAGCGAGUUCCCACUUCAGCAACCCAUAAGUCUGGUAAUCAACUUGAUCUUAUCUACACACGACACUGCUCCACUCAUCACUCCCAGGUCACCGCGCUGCACACGUCGGAUCAUUUCCUCAUCACUCUUGAUCUCGACCUAACUUUUCCAGACACUACACAUGCUUGGUCACAUUCCGGCGCAACCUACGAUCACUUUCUCCCUCCCGCUUAUCCUCUGCGGUCUCCGCCACGCUCCCUCCCUCUGAACAGCUCUCUCUCUCUUGGAUACUAACAGUGCCACCGACACUCUUUGCUCCACACUAACCUCCUGCUUAGACAACCUAUGCCCUCUAACAUCCAGGCCCGUGCAUCGCCAUCUGCCCCCUGGUUAUCUGAUGUUCUCCAUGAACAUCGCGCCACGCUCAGCUCUGCUGAGAGAAAGUGGCGCAAAUCUAAAGAACCCGCUGACCUCGGUCUCUAUCAGUCUCUCCUCUCUUCUUUCUCUGCUGAUGUCUCCUCUGCGAAAAACUCAGUACUACCACGCUAAAAUCAACAACUCGCCUGACUCUCGUACUCUCUUUAAAACCUUCUCUGCUCUUCUUUGCCCUCCUGCCCCCUCACCUCCAUUCGACUUAACAGCUGAUGAUUUUGCAUCUUUCUUCGUAAAGAAAACGAACACCAUCAGCAGUCAGUUCCCUGUGCCGCCACCUCUUGUUCACGCCCAAAAUCUCGACACAUGCUCGUUCCCCUCUUUCUCUCUCCUGUCUCAAGAUGAUGUCUCCAAGGUCAUGUCUUCUAACCACCCAACUACCUGCCCGCUAGAUCCCAUCCCCACUCAUCUCCUCCAGGCCAUCUCUCCAUCGGUUGCUCCCGCUCUGACCCACAUUAUCAAGUUGUCUCUCACCACUGGUACAUUUCCCACAGUCUUCAAAAAGGCCCAUAUUACCCCGCUACUGAAGAAACCCACUCUUAAUAGAAUAGAAUGAGAAUAGAAUGAGCUUUAUUGGCCAAGUAUGUUUCCACAUACGAGGAAUUUGUUAUAGUGACAGAAGCUCCACAGUGCAACAGAAAGACAGCAACAGGACAGAACACAGAUGAUAAUAAUAAUAAUAAUAUACAAUAAUAUAGAAAUAGGCAAUGUACAAAACAGCAAAAACACAAUAUACAAUAUAGACAAUUAUGUAUGUACAGGUCUGAUAUGUGCAAAUUUGGUGAAUAAAUAAUGUAAAAUAGAGUUGUGUGUUCCGCGUUUAAUGUCAAGUGUUCAUAAGAUGGCUUGCCUGAGGGAAGAAACUGUGCCUGUGUCUGGUCGUUCUGGUGCUCAGUGCUCUGUAACGUCGACCAGACGGUAACAGUUCAAAAGGGAGUGUGCUGGGUGUGAGGGGUCCAGAGUGAUUUUAAAGUGAAAGUGAAGUGAAGUGAAAGUGACCUAUUAGUCAGAUAUGGUGACCCAUACCCGAAAUGUGAUUUAACCCAUUCAGAGAGUAGUGAACACACGCACAGCAAAUCGUGAACACACGUACACCCGGAGCAGUGGGCAGCUAUCACUGCAGCACCCGGGGAGCAAGUAGGGGUAAGGUGCCUUGCUCAAGGGCACCUCAGUCGUUACCCGCCGGCCCUGGGAAUAGAACCGGCAACCUUCUGGUCACGAGUCCGACUCUCUAACCAUUAGGCCACGACUGCCCCAAAAGGGCUUUACCAGCCCUUUGCUCAUUCUGGAUGAGUACAGUUCUUGGAGAGUGGGGCUGGUUGUACCAAUGAUACGCUCAGCAGUCCGGACUACCCUCUGUAGUCUUCUGAGAUCAGAUUUGGUAGCUGAGCUGAACCAGACAGUUAUAGAAGUGCAGAGGAUGGAUUCGAUGAUGGCAGAGUAGAACUGUUUCAGCAACUCCUGUGGCAGGUUGAACUUCCUCAGCUGGCAAAGGAAGUACAGCCUCUGCUGGGCCUUUUUAACAAUAGAGUCAAUGUGAGUGUCCCACUUCAGAUCCUGAGAAAUUGUGGUGCCCAGGAAUCUGAAUGACUCCACUGCAGUCACAGUGCUGUUCAUGAUGGUGAGUUUGGGGAGAACAGGGGGCUUUCUCCUGAAGUCCACGAUCAUCUCCACAGUUUUAAGCGUAAUCCUGCACUGUUAGAGAACUACCGACCGGUAUCACUCCUACCCUUCAUGGCUAAAACUUUUGAACGGGUGGUAUGUAACCAGCUCUCAUCCUUUCUCACCCAGAACAACCACCUGGACACCAACCAGUCUGGUUUCAAGAGCGGUCAUUCCACUGAGACUGCGCUGCUCUCAGUCAUUGAAGCCCUGAGACUGACAAGAGCUGCCUCUAACUCAUCUGUACUUAUCCUACUGGAUCUGUCUGCUGCCUUUGACACCGUUAACCACCACAUCCUCCUGUCGACCCUCAAGGCUAUGGGUGUCUCUGGAGUGGUGCUACAAUGGUUCAGGUCUUACCUCACAAUUUAGAGUAUCCUGGAGAGGUCUCUGAGCCCCAACAUCUAGACACAGGGGUGCCUCAGGGCUCAGUGCUUGGUCCGUUGCUAUUUUCUAUAUACACGACAUCCCUAGGCUCUGUCAUUCGGAAACAUGGCUUUUCCUAUCACUGCUAUGCGGAUGAUACACAACUCCACCUGUCAUUUCAGCCUGACGAUCCAACUGUUUCUGCAUGAAUUUCAGCAUGCCUAGCUGACAUCUCGCUCUGGAUGAAUGACCAUCACCUGCAGCUGAACCUUGCUAAAACAGAACUGCUUGUAAUCCCGGACGACACAAAGAGUCAUCACAACUUCUCCAUUCAACUGGGCUCAUCAACCAUCACAUCUUCCAGAACGGACAGAAACCUGGGAGUGGUGAUAGACGAUCAGCUUAACUUCACUGAUCAUGUUGCCAGCACCACCUGGUCCUGUAGAUUCAUCCUCUACAAUAUUAGGAAAAUUAGGAAAUUCUCCCACCUCGGUCUGGGAGAGCACUGCACCCAGGCCAGUGUCGGAAGCAUCAGUCUGGAGGAUGAAGGGGCAGUCAAAGUCAGAUGCGUGCAGCACGGGGAAGGAGGACAGGGCCUUCUUCAACAUCUGGAAUGCUUUUUCCGUCUCCGGGGUCCACUUCGUCUUCUUUGGCUGCCCCUUUUUGGUCAGGUCGGUCAGGCGACUGGCUAGGGAAGAGAAGUUAGAGAUGAAACACCGGUAAUAGCCUGCCAGCCCCAGAAAGGCAAGUACCUAGGUCUUGUUGAUGGGUCGGGGGGCGUUCCGGAUCGCUUCCAUCUUCUUACUUUGGGGCUGGAUUAGCCCCCGGCCAAUCCAGAAACCCAGGUACUGUGCCUCGGCGAGUCCCAGAUGGCAUUUUUUAGGGUUCGCCAUCAGGCGGGCCGGUCAUACAAUUGUCGUUGAUGCGUCAAUGCGGUUCCUCAUCUCCUGUAUAUGCCCGAUGACGUUGCGAUGGGGAGCCGAUUGUUGCUCCCAGGCCCCUCGAGCCGCAACAGGCCGCGGGGUUGCCGGCCGAACAGGAGUUCGAAUGGUGUAAAGCUGGUGGAGGCCUGGGGUACUUCGCGAACGCCAAAGAGCUCAUAGGGUAACAUAAGGUCCCAGUCGCGCCCAUCCUCUGUCACCAUGCUUCGAAACAUCCUCUUCAGCGUUUGGUUAAACUGUUCCACCAAUCCGUCAGUUUGGGGGUGAUAGACGGACGUUCUGAGCUGCUUGACUUUGAGGAGGUGGCAGAGGUCUGCCAUCAGCCGGGACAUGAAUGAAGUUCCCUGGUCAGUCAGGAUCUCUGAGGGGAUGCCCACUCGGCUGAAGAACAGGAACAGUUCUUUGGCGAUGUUCUUGGCCCUGGCUUUUCGGAGGGGUAUGGCCUUAAGGAUACCUGGUGGUGUAAUCUACAACGACCAAGAUGUGUUCAUGGCCUUGGGCAGACUUCGGUAACGGGCUCACCAGAUCCAUCCUAAUGCGCUCGAAGGGCACCUCAAUAAUGGGCAGAGGGAAGCGGUGCAGUAACAGUAACAACAGGCCCCGGAGGGUGUGAUUUAUUCACACAAAGUGCAGAGUGACAAAACCGUAGGGAAAAUGUCUGUCCCCUGGUGAGUGUGUCUUCAGGUGCGCUCUGGGGGUGAUGCGCGGAUUGUGUAGGUGUCAGUGAGACGUGAGGUGUAGAGUUGAAGUAGCUGGUCGUCAGCCGCUGGUCUUUAGACAGAGAGAAAAACACAACGUUAGAGAGUCUUUUCAUCUGGAGUCGAAGCUCACCCUCUUCUCCUGUUCCCCAGCUUUUAUCCUCUUCGUCAAUGGGGAACAGGUGCUGACGACCAGCAGGUGCGCGGCUCUGAUUGCCGGCGUUUCCACGGCGAUGCUGAUUGCAGUAUGGGAAACCCGCCACACAUGGUACUUACUAUAUGAUCUAUAUGUUUGGACCAGGGGCCCGUUCUUCGUACCUAGCUAACUCAGUUAGCUGGAUUUGAUUGUUGACGAUUUCGCAUGAUCUUGGAUUGUUCGGUGUGGC